AUGAGAACCCAACGUGCGCACCUCAUGGAUAUCUCCAACAACGACGCCGCGAGCUCUUCUAUCGCGUUAGGAAGCCGGCGCAGGUCGGGACGCGCCGUCAAGGUCCCCGAAAAGUUUGUCCCCAAUUUACCCUCGUCGCAAUCCGCAUCUGCAAACGCGAAGAGAAAGAGAGAGGAGGAGGAGGAAGAGGAGGAGGAUGGAGAGGGAGAUGGAGAGGUAGACGCGUCGGACAUAGACGAAUCGGAGGAAGACAGCCCCGACGAGGUGGAGAGCGCUGCAGAGGAGGAAUUACGAGAUACUCGGAAGAGGGCAAAGAAGCCCAAGGCCAAAUCUAGAAAGCCAGCUGCGAAGAAGCCAAAAGUCAACGGCUAUGCGCUUCGCGAAGACCCUCUCGCAGUCAAGCUCCCUGCCCGUCCGAAGAAGUCCGCCGCUAAGCGCGUUGCGAUCGCGGAUGAAGAUGCAGAGGGGCUAUACGCGGAUGUCUUCACAAGCGGUGAUGCUACAGAGAAUGUUGUAACGCGAUGGCUGGCCAACUACGACGCGGACAACCUUGACGCCCUGGCCGACCUGGUCAAUAUGGUCUUGCGAAGCGCUGGUUGUGCAGUAGAAAUCUCAAGCGAUGACAUUGGCGACGAUGACAAUGUGGCAGGCAAGCUAGAGGAUAUUCAAGUAGAACACCAAGCUAACAAUAUCACUACUUAUCCACUCACAUCAAAGGCAAGAAGUGGCAUUGUAUUCCGAGAGCGCCUAAUCGACUUCUUCGACAAGCUGGUUGAAACGAUGCAUUUUACUGGAAUUCUAUACCGCGAGAAACCUCUGAUCGAGAAUAUCGACAUGUGGAUUUCCAGCCUUUCUUCAUCGGCACUUAGACCAUUCCGGCAUACCGCCACCCUUGUCGCUCUUACGAUGGUCACUGCUAUGUGUAGAAUAGCGGAUGGUGAAUCUACAAUUGCAGCACAAGUUCAACGUCAGCUCGAAACUGAGAGCAAAAAGAAGGGAGCAAACAAGGCCAGACUCGCCGACUUUCAGCGAAGAGUGCAGACCAACAGGGACAACAAGGAAUUCGUCGAGCUCCGCAUAUCGAGGCUUUUUGACUCAGUUUACACCCACAGAUAUCGUGAUGUGGACCCGAACAUUCGGAUUGAAUGUGCCGAGGCAAUGGGGACAUGGAUGCUUACACUCUCCAGCGUCUUCUUUGACGGCGCAUACUUGCGUUAUAUGGGCUGGACGCUCUCUGAUACUUCCGCAGCCAUGCGACUGGAAGUAGUUAAGCAGCUUCAGAAACUCAUGUUGCAUCUGAAUACCGGGGGCAUGCGUCAUUUCAUCGAGCGAUUUCGGCCUCGCAUCAUUGAAAUGGCUACCCGGGAUUCUGAACCUGACGUGAGAGCUGCUGUGGUUGAAUUGAUGGAUUUGAUCCGACAAGCUGGCAUGUUGGAGCCCAACGAUAUUGAUACUGUUGGAAAAUUGAUAUUCGAUUCCGAGCCUAAAGUCCGAAAUGCAAUUGUGGGAUUUUUCGCCGAGAACAUCAAUGAUUUCUACGAUUCUAAGGUGGAGGAGCUUGGAGGAGAGGAAGCAAUCGAGGAUCUGUUGGCCACCGAUGAUGAUGAAGAGUACGAUACACCUCGCGCCGGUUGGAUCAGGUUAAAAUGUCUUGUCGAAAGUCUACUGAGUUACGAUAACCAAGACGAAGACUCUAUGCCCGAUCAGCUUUCACUCGAUCUCAUAGACAUCCACGGCUUGGAGUCGAGGUUCACUCUUGCGGCGCAGGCUCUUUACGAAAGGAUUCCCGUUCUCAAAGACUGGGAGGUACUGGCAGGCUAUCUAUUGUAUGACCAUACAUCUGCGGACACCGACAACGAAGCCGAAAAUACUAUUAGAGCCAGCUUCAAGCCUAGUGAGCAGGAGGAACGCGUUCUCUUGGAGAUUCUGAACGCCGUGGUCAAAGUCGGCUUGGCCCACAUUGACCAGAAGGCAAAAGUCAGGAGCAACACCGCAAAGGCGGAGGCCAAAGAAGAAAAGGAGAAUGCUGCUCGCCGGCUAGCUGGUCUCAUUCCACGCUUACUCAAGAAAUACGGAGCAGAUCCUAGGACGGUGACAAUUGUUCUCCGUCUAGAACAUGUUUUGGAUCUGAGCGUCUUCCAAGAGUUACGACAAAACACCACUGCCUACUCCCAGAUGCUUGACGAGAUCAGCGCUCAGUUCAAUGGACAUGCGGACAAGGGUGUCCUGAGCGAAGCAGUUGCUGCUUUCCUCCAUGCCCGAGGACACGAGGAGCUCGAGGAGAUCGCCGAAAGCAAGAUCCUCUCGCUCUGGGACGACACCGCGAAUUCUCUGAGAAAGAUCAACAAGGCAGGCGAUGUUACUGUUCGAGGGAGUCUCUCGGAUAGACUACUGACCGAGCUAUCCCAUAACCUUGCGCGACUUGAGCAGCUAUCCACCAUAGCCACCUCAGUGGAAGUCUUGGAAGAGCCUUCGACGACGAGUAGCGAGCCAUUGCCCAUAGUCAUUCUCCUUGAUAUCAUUGCCAGAGGUGUCUUUGAGGCUCCCAAUGAAGACGAGGAGAUUGACUCUCAAGAGGAUGAGAUUGUUUUAUCUGCCAUCAAGUCGGCCAUGUUCUUCUUCAUGUGGAAGAUACGAGCAUUAUCCAACGCACUUACUGGCGGCGACGAGGUUCCUGACAUCGAGAUUGAUAAUCUACGAGAGUGGCGAGACAUAUACAUCAACAAUCUGACUGCUGCUUUUUCCUCCCGAUCAACUCUCGAUCUAGUUCGUUUGGUCGGAGCUGGCUCCCUUCUCGAUGCUCACAUUCUGUUCGCUACGGUCAGGUCGAUCGAGAUCCCUGAGAAGGCCGACCCGGACAACGAUGAGCAACAUUACCUGACACUUUUUCAACAUAUCUCACCUGAAGUCCAUCACGAGCUAGUUGCCAUCUUCGAUUCGUUGGAGAAGCAAUUUGCCAAGAAGUCCAAGAAGAGACUAGCCGCGCCUGGCGACGACGAGGAUCCGGAAGAUGUCGAUGACGAGACCGAAGAAGAGGAAGAGGAAGUUACAGAUCUCGAGCGACGAGCUGAGGCACUAUCAGCCGAGAAGGACCUCUGCGAACUGACAGGCAAGCUUGUCAUGGCUAUCCGCGCCAGAGUUAUCGACGACCAAGGCAAGUUGAAAGGAAAACUGCGUUCGCGCCUCCUUCGGAACAAAGCCAACCUAGGUCCAAAUUUCAAGGAAAUCUUGACAUAUAUUGACGAGCCGAAGCCGAAGGCUAAGAAGGGUCAUCCGAGCAAGGCAAAGCCGGCGGCGAGUGACGCAAAGAAAGGUACGCUGAGCAAAGAAUUCGUCGAGGAAGACGAGGAGGAAGAGGAAGACCCCUUCGCAGAUGCACAACCCGAAGAAGGGACAAUCGAGGAUCUGCGUCGGCGCGAGCUCUUGGAAGACGACCCCGAAGACCCCGUCGAAGCCAACGGCAACAGCGAUGCGGCCGGCGGUGCGGAAGAGGAUGAAGACGAGGACGAGAUUAUGGGAGAUUGA